AUGCAUACUGUUCCUGGAGCGGAGAUCUCUGCCCUAUGCGACGAUAAUGAUGACGAGAUCGUCGCCACAGGAGAUCACUGGUGUGGCCGGGAGGCCAAACGACAGCGGACGAAAAUGACCAGCCAUGGCAUAUCGACACCCACGAAUACUAUUUCACCCAAUUCAAGAACCAACGAGGACCUCACGACUGGAUUUUCAGAAGAAUUUGAGGGAGAUAGAGCUGGUCGGUCUACACCGCCACCACGGCCUGAUACACUGCUUCCGCCAACGGCGCAGUCUACCCCACCUACGUCGGUCCCUACUAUCGACAAUAACUUAAAAGUUACCAGCGACAAUCAGACCCAGCAGAGCCUCUCUCAAAUACAAACAGACGAGGUCACCACAAGUCACACACUGCCAGUAAGCUCUCCCCAUUUAUGGCGGUUUCCGAAAACAACAAUUUGGUAUGCCGACGAAGACCAUAUUCCUAUUCCGCCAAAGCUUUUAUCCAUGUGGACUCCUAUUCGGGCCCAAUUGCAACUGGACCUCGAUACAGUUGUCACGGCAAUGGUUUCAGAGCAGGCGAAGGCAAAAAACCGAGUGAAGCGGAUGGACUCUUCAAGGAAAACAAUCUAUCCCGAGCUCCGGAUGUCAGGUCAUCAGCAUAACUUUUUUUCAGGCAUGGUUACAGUGUCACCUUGCGUGUGGAUACUCUGUGGCAGCAAAUCUUGUCGCAAUAAAGUUCGCCGUCUGAUGCGUUACCGACUGCUCCCCGAGAUCUUUAUGAAGCAAGCGAUAGAGAUUCACGAGAUGGCGCCUAGAUUCUCCGCUAUCCAUGCAGUUGUUCCACUUCCCCAAAUUCUUUCCGACAUCGAGCAACACACUCGUACAGGCCCCAAUUGCCUAUGGACAGAGAAAGAGGAUAACAGCCCCACCAUGUUGACUCAGGAAGAUACGCAGUAUUCCAUGAAGCUCGAUAAUUACAAUGGGGACUACAGGCAUGGAUUUCAGGCUGCGAAUGGAACAGACGAUUACUCUGAUUCCGAUAGCGAAUCUGGGAGCGAGCUCUCGCCUAGCUCAAGCCGCGAUGGAAAGAAUGGACCGAGUUCAACUGGCGACGAGACAGAAGUUUCAGAAUGGGACCAGUUCCUGAACUACGGCGAACAUGUUGAGCCCGAUUCGCCGGCAAAAGAUGAAGCUGUUGAAACUCAAGACAUGGGAACAAUUCUUGGAAGAAGAAGUCCUAAAACCAUAACCAAAUGGCACUGUUUGGAAGACAUCGCAGGAGUCAGGCUUUGCAAGGAACGCAUUCCUGUGCUAAGCAAGAAACCUUUACCCACUCGACCAGCCGACUAUGCACUUCUCAAAUCAGAUCUUCUAUCGACUCUCAAGAAUGUGUCUUCGUGGAUUCCCAUUGUUGAGAUCACACACUAUAUCUCUAACGACACGCUGGAAGUUGGCCAUUUAUCCCUUCUUCUUGGCCCAGGAGAAGCGCACGACGUCAAACUAUUGCCAGGAACGACCACGAUGCCUUUUGCGGAGGAAAAGCUGGUAGUUCGUAAACUCCAGCUGUCGAAACCAUUAGCGGAGGGAACAUCGGGGACAUGGUUGUCCAGAGGCUCGUCUUUUGCCGGGAUGGUGGUUGCGACAUUUCCAGGCCAGCCUUUGGCCCUUAUGGUCACUGCCGAGGACAUUAUGAACGACAUGGCCUGUUCUUUUCCAAUCGAGAGAAAUGAGGAAGAGCCAAAGCAGUUGGUUGUCUGUGACUCGAGCACUCAAGCAGUGCCAGAGACAGUGUCCGAAGCCUACACCGUUUUUGCAUCAUGGCAUCGCAAUUCAGUCGAAACAGAUCAAUCAGUGCACAGUUCGCACAAGAACCCACAGACUCCAUACAUUCAGAGUUCAAGAGAUGGGUUACAGAUGAUUAAAGCAUCUCCGGAAAAGCCACUGGAAGGGACGAAGCAGAACCAUGAAAAAUUCACUUCAUACUUCAAAGUAUGGUAUUGUCUUUAG